GGAACACGGACCGGAGGUGCUCCAGGAGGAAGUCUUGGAGGGGCAGCCUCUACAAAUCAUAAUCCUGAGAAGAUAUUAGUUCCUGGCCACAGGUGCGGGUCCACUAAAUGGACGGCUGAGAUUUCCCAUCGCAGUUAGGCGAUCGAGGAUCCACCGUCCAUCACCUAGGAAGCUUCGCUCCUGGAUCGAACGAACAAACGAACUACGAUUAAAAAGAAAAAAAAGAAAAACAACACGAGGCGACGGGAUCAAAACCAAGCAAUAGAAGAAACCCUCUCUUUCUUCUCUCCAUCGGCGAAAGGUCUCGGAUCGAUCGCGCGCAGAGGACCGACCGAGCUCUCUCCGGUCAAAUCCCGGAACCCUAACCCUAAUUCCGGUCUUUCUCUCUCCGUUCACGUUUCUUGAUGAAGGAUUCGGAGGAGAUCGCUUCUCCUGAUUGAUCAUAGAUUCGGGGUGGAAUUUCUUCGAGCACCAUUCUGGACUGCAUGAUUACUGAUAUAGGAAGAACCAAAUCUAGAUAGUUAUGGGGCUUCCAACCUGAUUUAGUAGAAAUCUUUGCACCUGAGGACCAGACAUUACUACAUGAUGAUUUCAAGGAGCUCUACAUACCCUCCUUUAAGACCAUGUUGGACCAACCUGGCUACUGGAGCAUCUGCAUUCACUUAGCUGGUCUCUAUACCGUGCAUGUGUUUUUGCGAUUAGUAAGACUGUGUGAGUAUGGCAAUGGGGACAAGUGAGCAGCAUUUACAGGCUAUAUUAGAGAAUAUGCCUAACAGUAAUCAGCCUUUGACUCAUCAUAUAUCAUCUUCCUCGGCCAUUGGUACUAUGAUACCAACACCCGGUAUGCCUCAAGGUGGAUGUGCAAACUCAGUAGUUUCCUGUUCUGCUGACAGUUCCAUUAUCACUACUGCUGGUGCUGGUAUGGUGACACGGACCACAGUGAGCACAGGAACCUUGCUACCGACUGCAACUGGAUCAGCUGGUUUAAAACGCAAUCCUUCACUGAAUGCUGUCAAUGGGCCAGGUCUCAAUGGAUACCAGACUACCAAUGCUGCUGUUGGGUCUGGUGGUGGAAAUAAUAUAAUAUCAUCGAUUGGCAUGCUACAGCAGUCAAGUCAGAUGAUUCCAACUCCGGGUUUGUCAAGUCAGAUGAUUCCAACUCCAGGUUUUAAUAAUUCAGUGCCAUUUAUGAGUUCUGAUUGUUCAAAUGGAGGUGCAUUUUCAAGAACCCAGACUACUACUGUCUCAAACCAACAGAGACAAAGGCAAUACAUUGCAAAUCAAAAUAGGCGUGUAUUGCAUGGUCUUGGAGGCCAAAUAGGAGCUGGAAUGAGGUCCAACUUUCAGCACAAGCCUUCUCUUUAUGGGUUUCCAAAUGGAGUCGUGGUUGGUGGUGGCUUAGGGUUAAUAGGUAAUAACAUGCAACUGGUGAAUGGGCCUGCAGUGUCUGAGGGGUACCUAAGUACUGCUUACAGUAGCUCUGCAGCACAGCAUUUGGAUCAGCAACAUCACCAACCAAUGAUAUCAACAUCAGCAUCGCAACAGAUGUUACCUAUAACAGGAGAUGGAUAUACAUCAGUUUCAGAAAACAUGUGUGGCACUGCAUCAUCUGCUUUUUCUAGUUUGACUAACCAAAAUAUGAACUCCACGACCUUGCGAUCUAAAUUAAAAAUGAACCAUGCACUGCUAGCUCAACAUCCAAAUUUGGAAUCGAUACAACAGACCGCACAUAUAAAACCUCAAAUUUUUGAUCAUUCACAGAGAACGAAUUUCCAGUCACCUCAGUCAACUAGAGAACAUAUUAUGCAGUCACGGCAUCAAAUGCAAAAUUUUAAGCACCUACAGCUCCAACAGCAGUCUAACCAGCAUUAUGCAAGGGUUGUUCAAAACCAGCAGCCACAGCAGCAGCAGCAGCACCAGCAACUUAUUUCAAAGACUGAUGUGCUGCAGUCCUCUAUGACUCCUAGUCUUGAAGGACAGCUUAUGCCAGACCAAGGUCUUGCUUCCCAUAAUGAUGUGUUGCUCCCACAAGCUGCUGAACGGUUUGAUUUUUCAGAAUUAGGAAAUCAGUACUGCCAGGACACUUCCAAUGGCGAACAUUCUAAAGGUGAAUUGAUUGGUCCGUUAGCUCAGGAUUUCCCUCCCUCCUUUUCACAGGGUUCAGAACUGUUGCCUCCUCAUCAACAGGCUUCUGGAUCUGUCAAUGAGUUUAGUUGCCUCUUUAAUGGACCACAAUCUGAUGCACUCCAGCAUGGCAAUUGGCAGCCUCAACAAAUACAGAAACUUCAAAUGGCAGAUAAAUCUUCCUUUGGACAGCUUAUCAUGGAGGAAUUCCAUCAGAGAAUAACAGAACAGGAGGAAGCUCAGCAAUCUUGUUUCUCUCCAGACGGCUGUAUCAAUGGUCAUGCUGCUGUUACAAAAAGUGCUGCAUUAUCAAAAUCUUCAAGUGGGGCCCAUUGUGGACCUGGAAAAAGUACAAAUGAACAAAACUAUUACAACCAAAGGAGGUGGAUUUUGUUUUUGCUCCAUGCUCGUCGGUGUUCAGCUACAAAGGGAGCAUGCAAAGAAGUCAACUGUAUAACAGUUCAGAAGCUAUGGAUUCAUAUGCGAAGUUGUCAUAAUGAAAAAUGUAAUUACUCUCGCUGCUGUAAGUCUAGAAAACUUUAUCAGCACUAUCGUGUUUGCCAUGCAGUCGAUUGUCCUGUCUGUGUUCCUGUAAGGGAUUUUAUAGCAGCCAACUGUAAGCCACUGACUUGUCCUCCAGAUAGUGAUUUUGAGAAUCAGGUGAAUGGCUCUUGGAGAAAUUCUGAUGAAGCAGGUGCGGAUAGGGUGUCAUGUAAGAUGCGUAGAUUGCCUGUUGAAACUUCUGAUGAUCCACAAUCUCUGUCAAAACGUAUGAAGGUGCACCAUAAUCCCCCCUCAGUUGUACCAAAGAGGGAAAAUUUUUCAAUUUCUGGUUCCCUUGUGAAUCAUUCUCAUACCUUCCAGGGGGGACAUCCCCAAGAGUGCCAACAGGCUGAGACAGCCGUGACUGUUAAGUCUGAGUUCAUUGAAAUGAAGCCUGACUCAUCCAUAGGUUCUGGACAACAAAAUGUAUGUAGCAACAUAAUUGGUGAUGAUUCAAUGAAUGCACAUGCUGCAAAGCCUGAUAGUAAAAGUCUUCUCCAAAAUGAAGUUGAUGGUUGUGCCAACCAAGAAACCAAUCUGGCUGAGAAAGAGAUGGACCAGGCUAAGGUGGAAGCUGAAAAGGAAGGAAAUGCCCCACCAAUGGAUUCUGGAAGUGGAAGCAAAUCAGGGAAACCAAAGAUAAAAGGUGUAUCUUUGACUGAACUGUUCACCCCCGAGCAGAUCAGGGAACAUAUAAGUAGUCUGAGGCUAUGGGUUGGCCAGAGUAAAGCCAAGGCUGAGAAGAAUCAAGCAAUGGAACAUUCAAUGAGUGAAAACUCAUGUCAGUUGUGUGCAGUGGAGAAGCUCACAUUUGAACCCCCUCCGAUAUAUUGCACACCAUGUGGUGCUCGCAUUAAGAGGAAUGCAAUGUAUUAUACCAUGGGGAGUGGUGAUACUCGGCACUACUUUUGUAUCCCAUGUUAUAAUGAGGCUCGUGGUGACACUAUUGAGGUGGAUGGCACUGUAUUCCCAAAAGCCAGGCUUGAAAAGAAGAGAAAUGAUGAGGAAACUGAAGAAUGGUGGGUUCAAUGUGAUAAAUGUGAAGCCUGGCAACAUCAAAUAUGUGCUCUUUUUAAUGGCCGAAGAAAUGAUGGAGGACAAGCAGAAUAUACUUGCCCUAAUUGUUAUGUGGAGGAGGUAGAAAAAGGAGAACGCAAGCCUUUACCACAAAAUGCUGUUCUUGGUGCAAUAGAUUUGCCAAGAACUAUUCUUAGUGAUCACAUAGAGCAACGACUUUUUAGGCGACUCAAGCAGGAGAGGCAAGACAGAGCAAGGCAUUUGGGAAAAACUUUUGAUGAGGUACCUGGGGCAGAAGGACUUGUUGUUAGAGUUGUAUCAUCAGUUGACAAAAAGUUGGAAGUAAAACAGCGUUUUUUAGAGAUUUUUCAGGAAGAAAACUAUCCGACAGAAUUCCCAUACAAAUCCAAGGUCAUAUUGUUGUUUCAGAGGAUUGAAGGUGUGGAGGUAUGCCUAUUUGGCAUGUACGUUCAGGAGUUUGGUUCAGAAUGCCAGUUUCCUAACCAACGUCGUGUCUAUCUUUCAUAUCUGGAUUCCGUCAAAUACUUCAGGCCAGAAGUAAAAACAGUGACUGGGGAAGCUCUACGUACCUUUGUCUAUCAUGAAAUUCUGAUUGGAUAUCUUGAGUACUGCAAGAAACGGGGUUUCAGUAGUUGCUAUAUAUGGGCUUGUCCUCCUUUGAAAGGUGAAGACUAUAUCUUAUAUUGUCAUCCUGAGAUUCAGAAGACACCAAAAUCUGACAAACUACGGGAGUGGUAUUUAGCAAUGCUUCGGAAAGCUGCCAAGGAAACCAUAGUUGUCGAUGUCACUAAUUUCUAUGAUCAUUUCUUUGUAACUGCUGGCGAGUGCAAGGCUAAGGUAACUGCUGCUCGUCUGCCAUAUUUUGAUGGCGACUAUUGGCCUGGUGCUGCAGAGGAUAUGAUCAAUCAACUUCGUCAAGAAGAGGAUGGAAGAAAGCAGCAGAAGAAAGGGAAAACUAAAAAGACUAUAACAAAAAGAGCACUAAAAGCUGCUGGUCAAGCUGAUCUUUCUACCAAUGCAUCUAAAGAUGCUCUUUUGAUGCAAAAACUUGGUGAAACCAUCUUUCCUAUGAAGGAAGAUUUUAUCAUGGUCCAUUUGCAGCAUGCAUGCACGCACUGCUGUCUACUUAUGGUGACUGGAACACGCUGGGUUUGCAAUCAAUGCAAGAACUUCCAGCUUUGUGAUAAGUGUCAUGCUGCAGAGCAAAGACUAGAAGAGAGGGACAGGCAUCCUAUCAAUAAUAGGGACAAGCACGUCCUUACUCCGGUUGAAAUCAAGGAUGUUCCUUCAGAUACUAAAGAUAAAGAUGAAAUCAUCGAGAGUGAGUUUUUUGACACGAGGCAAGCAUUCCUCAGCCUUUGUCAAGGAAACCAUUAUCAAUAUGAUACUCUACGGCGUGCUAAGCAUUCCUCAAUGAUGGUGUUGUAUCACCUCCAUAAUCCAGCUGCACCUGCCUUUGUGACCACCUGCAAUGUCUGCCAACAUGAUAUUGAAACUGGUCAGGGAUGGCAUUGUGAAACUUGUACUGAUUUUGACGUAUGCAAUGCGUGUUAUCAGAAAGAUGGUGGUGUUGACCAUCCUCACAAGUUAACAAAUAAUCCAUCCAUUGCUGAUCGUGAUGCUCAAAAUCAAGAAGCUCGGGAGAAACGGGUUCAGCAGCUACGGAAAAUGCUGGAUCUUCUGGUGCAUGCCUCCCAAUGUCGCUCUCCUCAUUGCCCAUACCCAAAUUGCCGGAAAGUAAAAGGCCUUUUCCGUCAUGGCAUACUUUGUAAAAUACGUGCCUCAGGAGGUUGCCAAAUGUGUAAGAAAAUGUGGUAUCUGUUGCAAAUUCAUUCCCGAGCGUGUAAAGAAUCGAAUUGCCAUGUACCAAGAUGCAAGGAUUUGAAAGAACAUAUGAGGAGGUUGCAGCAACAAGCAGAAUCCAGACGUAGGGCAGCAGUUAUGGAGAUGAUGAGACAACGGGCUGCUGAAGUUUCAGGGAGCGCAGAAUAACUUUAUCAUGUAAUGAGAUUUCCUAGGUGAGAGAUUAGAUGGAGGCUGAUGCCUUCCAGACACCCCGAGUAAAUGGACAGUUCCAUCAGGCGAAAGAUUAAAUUGAGGAUUCAGCAAUUCGGAGUCAGAGGAGGCAAUUUGCCUGGCAUGGACCAAUUGAUUUCACGGGGAAACUGGACUUCCAUCUUACAGAGGAGCAGCCAGUCUGGUAUUCAUUUUGAAGCUAACCAUUUUCAGACAACCUGCAAAGGUUAUUGAUCAGUCCUGACCUGACAAGGGUGAUUCUUUGAUUAGUCCUGCAUUGUGUUGCCGUCCAUCAUUGAAUGGCAGUUGUAUUAUAGAUGCCCUAAUUUGUCGAAAUCUAGCUGGGAACAAAAUUGCUUGUUUCUCCGUUCAUGGUGGGGUGGAAGGAUGCGGUGGACAGCCCCUGCAUUUGUUGAAAGCUGUCCUUUUGUAAAAUAUAUUAUAUAUAUGAUAAAAAAUAAAUAGCAUGUCCAUUUUGGCAUAAAUUUGUUAGA